AUGGCUCCUUCACGUCCGUCGCAGCCUUUGCUUCUGCACUUCUUGGUGCUGCUGCUCGUCGCAGCAAGCAUUGGUGCCGCGAGCGCACAAUAUGCAUCUCGUUCGCGUCGCAGCCUGUGGGCCCGCGCGCGUAAGCUGUUCGAGUUCCCUACGCUUCACAAGUCGCAGCUGUCCAAGAUUGGAUUCACCUACGAAAUCGCUAAACAGCCGGCGAAGCCGGAAGCAUCGCCUUCUGACGGGGCCACGGAUCCCGCCAGUUCCGUUGCCGCCUCCACUCCGGCCGCCCCCUCCUCCUCCGAGCCUUCCCGCCCUGCGGGGGGCUCGUCGAACGACGGUUUCUCGUCGGGCGGCUCUUCUUCUGGCAACUUCGCGCAGUCGGGUAACCCGCUCUUCCCCGGUACCGUUACCUCGACCCCAGGCAGCGACCCGAAACCCACUCCGAAGACCCCGUCCACGCCCUCGCAGCAAGCCGGCGACGCGGUUGCCGCUACAGCCGUGCCGACGCAAGCUGCCUCGCCGUCGGCUCCACCCCCUCCCCCUCCUCCUCCUCAGGGCCCGUGCCCGCCGCAGCCAAACAUGUGCGACUUCUACUUCCAAGGCAGCACGGAAUCUCUCCCCGUGUUCAACAUCUCCGACGGCGCCGGCGACACGCGCCUCGGCGGGCCCAUCGAGGCGUCUAUUCGCGGCGCGACUGUGGAGGUGAUUGCGGCGAACAGCGAGCUCGCGGACUACAUCUGUCAGGACGGCGUUAACGUCUGGAGCGCUCCGUCCGCCAGCUCCGGUAACUCGACGACGCUGGGACCCGAUAACCAGUUCUACGCCGUGCAGGACGGCAUCCAGUCGCGUACGUUCCAGCCGGCGGCGGGCGGCGCGGCGACGUACCAGGGCAAGUACGUGCGAGUGAACCUGACGGCGAUCGAGAUCAGCGUGUACAACAUGGUGUCGAACGUGGAAAACGUGAAGGCGAUUUUAGAAGUCGAGGCUUCACUGCCCGUUGUCGCCUUUCAGUUUGCCCUUCUCGUAUGCCCGCGUGUGUCAUGCCUUCCGUUCUGUCCCUGUGUGCACGUCCUUGCAUGUGUUCCCCUCUUUGUCCUGCCACCUGUCCUGCCAUGCAUGCUGCCCCGUGUGCUACCACGUGUGCGUGUUUACCGCUGCAUGCACGCAGACGGGCAUUCCCUUGCCGCAGCAAGCGCUGCUGUUCAACGGGCAGCUGCUGCAGAACCACCAGCGACUGAACGCGCUGGGUGUGGCGGACAACGACCUGCUCUUCCUCACACGAGCACACCGGAGUUGGGCGAGGCGAUAAGGGACAACAAGGUGGAGGAGAUGCAGAAGGUGCUGCGCUGGAUGCGGAAGAUGCAGAACGAGAUGCGCCGCAAGGAGCAGGAGGAGCAGGAGUUGCUAUCAGCCGAUCCAUUUGACCCUGAGGUGCAGCGGAGGAUAGAGGAGCGCAUUCAGCAGAAGAACAUAGAUGAGAACUAUGCAGCGGCGUACGAGCACGCCCCCGAGCAGUUCAUUGCUGUCCACAUGCUGUAUGUGGAGAUGGAGGUCAACAACUCGCCCAUCAAGGCGUUUGUGGACAGUGGGGCGCAGCAGACCAUCAUGUCACAGCGAUGUGCUGAGCGAUGCGGGCUGAUGCGGCUGCUGGACCGGCGGUACGAGGGGGUGGCGCGGGGCGUGGGCACGUCCAAGAUAGUGGGGCGCAUCCAUACCGUGCAGCUCAAGAUAGGAACCAACUUCUACAUGUGCAGCAUCACGGUGUUGGAGGCAGACAACGUGGACUUCCUCUUUGGUCUCGACAUGCUCAGACGCCACCAGGUGCACUGCUCGCUGCUGCACCUUCACCCCACUCCCUUCCCCUCGUGCACACCAGAAAAGUCUGCGUGCCACUCAUUUGUCAUCAGGCCUGUCCCUUUUCUCAGGUUUGCUCUGCUCUCACGCAAUCCUGCUCCCCCACAAUGCUGUCUCUCUCACAAAGUUGUCUCUCACCAACCACAAUGUUCCCCCUCCCCAUGCUACCGCCAGUGUUGCAUCGAUCUCAAGGACAACCCCUGGUUCCGCUACCCUUCUCAGCCUACCUCUUACCCUCUUCGCUUCACCCCUUCUCCACCACACUCUCCUCCCACAACGCUGCCCUUCUCACCUGCCACUCUCUCCACUCCCGUCCCACCUGGGUGCGUGUGUGCAGAGAAGGACAUCCCGGCCUUCCUCACCGCAAUGGACCAGGACCCUUUGCCCGACUCCGCCACCCCUGCACAGCCCUCCCAACCCUCCGCUUCCGCUGCUGGUACCUCUGCACCCGCUGCACCCUCCGCAGCACAACCAGCAGCAGCAGGCACAGCAGCAGGGGGUGCUGCGAGUAGCGGGGGAGGGGCGCCAGCAAGUCAAGGCGGUGCUCCUGUGUCAGCAGCAGCAGGUGCUGCAUCACCAGCAGCAUCCGGUGGGGUCCAUCCACCGCUGUGCACACGCCCCCUGCACCCUCACCCGUCCUCCCACCCACCCUCUCUGCGCUGCAUGCAGGCAACACCAGCAGCAGCCCCAGCAGUGUCAGCGCACGAGGUGAAGGUGCAGCGGCUGAUGGAGCUGGGGUUCCCCCGGCAGCUCGUGGAGCAGGCUCUUGCACUCACAGGGGACAACGAGGAGCACGCUGCUGGCAUACUCUUUGCCGGCUGA